AUGGAGCUCAAAAUACCGCAAUUGCUACUUUUUUUGUGCAUGAAACUAUUGGUUUCUGGAGUUGGGGCUGCUGAAGUUAGGUGCAUAGAGAGGGAGAGACAAGCUCUUCUGAAGUUUAAGGAAAGCCUUACUGGUGAUCUUAGUGUGUUAACGUGGGGAGUGAAGAAGAUAAAGAGGAAUGCUGCUAUUGGUAUGCGCCGCCGUCACUCCCCUUUCCGUGUAAACACAAGAGCUUUUGCUGGUCGCUCAGUUUCUGCACUUGGGCUCUCUUUGCCAUGCCUUAAAUCUCCACUUUAUAGCCAACGGAAAAGAAAUCUGGUCAUUAGGGACUCUGUUGCUGUUGAACAGCAGACUCAAACUAAGGCUGCUGUGAUUAGAAUUGGCACUCGGGGAAGAAUCCUGGUUUCAAUUGAGAGUAAUGAGCUCAACGUUGAGGACUUAAAGCCUACAAAAGAUAAGGCUACUGAUGGCAAGACUGAAACUAAGAAAGAAGAAGCCCCUGAAUCUGAUGACGAAGAAGAUGAAGAUGAUUCGAAGGAUAGUGGAUCUAAUGAUUUAUCAAGAGGAAUGAGCCAACACACAACAGCCAAAGCUCUUUGUUGGUAUGAAAUGGUUGUUGGACUACGGUAG